AUGCCCAGUCAUCGUGUGGGGAGUUCUGCACGAAGACAGACGCCAGAACCGAGGCACAGAGCUCGACAACCAUAUGGCCAGACACUUGAAAAUGCAAAAGUCUUGGAACAUAUCAGACUUGGGAAUGUUUGCAAAAGGUCUCGUCACAAUAAGACUCACCUUGUUUAUUACGAUUAUUUCAACGGCCUCAUAUCGAGCGCAACGGAGAUUUAUAAUGCCAAACAAAUUGCAUAUUUGAGCAAACCGCCACAAAAUGUACAGCAGCGACUUCUUGUCGUGGAAGAUCUAUCCAAAAGGACCAUACUUGCUUUAGGGCAAACCUUCUGUAUCAACCCAGAAUUCUUCGAAGAGCAUUUGAUAAAUUCUGGAUAUGCUGGUGGGGAAUACGACAUGUUACCAGCCAAAAUGUGGCCGACAGCAUCACUAAAGAAGUCGUAUAUCUCAACGAAGUGGAUUCGACCUGUCUCACGGCUGCCUAUGUAUUCUUGGAAUUAUACGAUGCAGGAUCUUGCUACAAAUAGCUUGCCAGGUACAGAAAAUCGAGAAGAGAAUAUCGACAAAGACGAAACUCCGAAGGGUCACAUCAAGCAUAUCACGCCUAACGGAGUAGUCACUACACGAGCUUAUACAAACAUUUUCCGGUCGGAAUGGCAUCUAUGGGAUAGUUCCCAAAGAGCAGGGAAUGUGAGGAGGGAUUGUGGAUUAGAAGAGAGGAUUACUGUCUGGAAAGGAACGCUUCCAGGCCGAGCUUGUGAAUUUGGCCACGCAGUCAUUGUCCUCGUCGAUCCUUUGCCAAUGGUAGAAGAGAAGCAUCCAGGACCUAUCGCUCAAGAUUAUCAAGAGCACAGAUUCAAAGCAGAUGAUUAUUCGGAAUUCUCCGAGGUGAAUACCGAUUCGGCUGAAAGGGGCAUCGCCCGCAGGGUCUAUGACCUACGGUACCCGACUAGAGCAAAUGAGCCCUUGCUCAUGAAAUGGGGCAGGGCAAUCAAGAAACGGAUGAAGAGAAGGAUGAGACGCGACUCGGAUUGGAUCACUGUUUCGAGUAUGCCCGAAGAAGUAUCAUUGCACAAAGUCAUCAUCACGCAAAUUGCUCCUCGUCACACAAUCGACAUCGAUUUAGACCAAGCUUUUCAAUCACAAGAAUUAACGAUGUCUUUUGAUAGAGAGAUAAACUCGACCAAAUCAACUCUUGAUGGGGUUUGUGAUAAACUCGAGCGAGAUGGUAGACCAUUUAAUUUGAGCAGGUCACUCUUUCACAUCAUCAGACAAGACACAUUGACACUGCUGAAACAAUUGAGCCACAGUCUUGAGGAAGUCGAAAUUGGGCUUCUUGAUGACAGUAAAAUGGAGGACCAAUUAUCGGUGUGGAUCCAAGCAAUUGGCUGUGCACAGCGCGAAAUUUCCGAGUUGCAGGCUUCUGUGGAGCCUUUCAUUGUGUUUUGCAUUUCGCUUGAUCUUCCUCUCAACACAGGUGAAGAGAAUGCAGUCUUCCGCUCAGAAUUGAUGUGCGAUCUUCAGAAGUUUUCGGAAAAUAUUACGCAGAUGUCCGACCGGCUUCAGCGGACGUCGAUUUUACUGACUUCUAAUAUGGGCCUAUUAGAUAGCCGACGCUCCAUCAGUGAGGCUCAAGCUGUGAGCAGGUUGACCGAGCUGGCAUUUGUGUUUGUUCCCUUAUCAUUUGCAACCUCGGUCUUCGGCAUGCAAGUCAAGCCACUUGCCGAUCCAGUGCCUCUCCGCAGCUUUUUCAUAGUUGCCAUUGUGGUCACAACAUUUGCCUAUCUCAUGCGAGCGACCAUGCGCAGCCAGUGGCUUGGUUAUCUCAAAACGGUAAUAAGACAUGAUGUACGAAGAUAUGCAAAAAGUCAUAGUCUUCCCGUCCCGACCCAGUCAAUUCCAACCCUCCUCACAGUUCAAUGGAUUGGAAGCUGGCUUGGUGUUGGUAUCAAAGCAGCUAUAGAGUCAAUAAGAAGUACCGCGGUAGCAGUCUGGAGCCUCUGCAAGGAGGUUUGGGAAGUCUUUGGCUUUGUUAUUCUCUUCAUCUUGCUGAACGGAUCAAUUUCUGGGUUACUGAUUGCUAUACUUUGGGCACAACGUCUGGAUCCUAGCACCCGGUACGCUGUAAGCAUUGCUAUUAUUAUGAUCGUCAUCGUGGGCGUGGGAAUUCCAUUUUGGUACUGGUCUGAUCCAGACUUCCGGCAUGCGUUGCCAAAUUGGAUUCAUGAUAAAAUGCGUUUCUAUCAACCUUCUUCUAAUUUGAGGAUGGUACUCACCUCAAGUCUCAUUGUCGUGUUGAUGAUGAUUCCAUUAAUACUAAUAUGGAUGCGCCCGCUAGCCAAUGAUAUCAAAUCAGGGCUUACGGCGGGGAUUCUGAUGUCUGCGAUCUCUAUCAUGUGCUUGCUCAUUUGCUGGUGGUUUAAGGUAGAUUUCCCUCUUGCGGUCUCAGCGCGGAUGUCCCGAUCUUGA